GAAGAGGAGGAGGAGGAGGAGGAGGAGGAUGGCUGCUGCCCUGCCUGUGUCUCGUGCGGCCCCACGCGGCUGGUGCCUUUGGAGGCCGGUCGCAGCGUCCGCUGCCCCCAUCCGCUCGCUCCACCAGACGCCCACCACGGACAGCGCCGAGAGCAGCCCUGCCCCAGUUCAGCAGAAGAGCAGCGCGGUGGUGCAGAAGAAGUCCUACGUGCCCACCAGCCGAGGAGAGUACGUCAUCACCAAGCUCGAUGACUUGAUCAACUGGGCCCGUCGGAGCUCUUUGUGGCCCAUGACGUUCGGCUUGGCUUGCUGCGCUGUCGAAAUGAUGCACAUGGCUGCCCCGCGCUACGACAUGGAUCGCUUCGGGGUGGUCUUCCGAGCCAGCCCCCGGCAAUCCGACGUCAUGAUUGUGGCAGGCACGUUGACCAACAAGAUGGCGCCUGCCCUCCGGAAGGUCUACGACCAGAUGCCUGAGCCGCGUUACGUGGUGUCCAUGGGGAGCUGCGCCAACGGCGGGGGCUACUACCACUACUCUUACUCUGUGGUGCGGGGCUGUGACCGGAUAGUGCCAGUGGACAUCUAUGUGCCAGGUUGCCCUCCCACGGCCGAAGCCCUCCUUUACGGGAUCCUGCAACUCCAGAAGAAGAUCAAGCGAGAGAAGCGGCUCCAGAUCUGGUACCGGAAGUAGCGGCCGCCGGUUUUAGGAAUAAGCCGCCGGCCCGAGAAGCAGCCUGUCUGUAUCCGUAGCGCACAGUUUGAACCGUUUUGCACACGCGCUUUCCAAUAAAGUUGCAACUAUCUAUAUAUAAA